AUGCUCGGACGUGAUCUCGGGAAAGAGGCCGGGGCUGGAGCAUCAACCUCUGAUAACGAGCUUUCGGCGGCUACACGCUGUGUCCGUCGUUUUGCACCUCGCCCAGCAAAAAGCCGGGAGCAUCGAGCAAGUCCUCAUAUCACCGCUUGUAAAAUAUCUGACGCAAAUCCAAAUGAUGUGGUUGUAUCUUGGAGCGGUGGUGGAAUAUACCUAUUCGACAUCAACCGCUCUCCAGCACCAAAUGAAAAGGGGGUUGGUAGAGAACCCUGGAAUUUAUCUGAAAAUAGUAACCGCAUAAGGAGCGAUAGGAAUCGACGGUAUAGGGGUGGGGAGCCAAAAAGUAAAAGGAGGAGAGCGGAAUCUUCCAGUGAUGAAGAUAGCGAGGAUAGUGAUGAUUUGAGCGCUGGGCAUGAGAUUAUUAGGAUUCCUGCGCUCUUGGUAGAAUUAAGAAAGGAAAUAUUCGGACUAAAUUCCUCGGAAAUGCCUAUUUCUGAAGUGUACUCGGCGUUGGAGCCGGAAGAAGUGGAAAGAGAAAAGAAGAAAUCUUGGGAUGAGGCACUACGCACAGCGCAGGUAUUACUUAAGAGAAUUGACCGGGAGAUUAAAGCCCUUGAAAGAAAAGAUCUAGAGUUCUUCGACCAAAACGAGGGGCGCACAGAUAUAGACUUUGUAUCUGAAAGAACUCUCAGAAGAACCUGUGCACGGAACAGACGCCGAACUAGAGCGUUUGUUAAAGCUGCCGGAUGUCUCUCUCGUGCUUUGGGUGGAUUUGUGGAAGGUAUCGGGUUGGGGGUAGGUGUCUUUAUACAGAUUGGAACCGAACGACCUGAAAAUUCUAGUUUUCGGUAUCGGUUCCUACAAAUAAUCAUCUCUUUUCUCGAUGGUGGAUCUACCGCAGUAGAGGAACUUGUCAAGGAGGACCAAGAUAGUGAAGAUGAGGAGAAUGAUUCAGAUUCAGGAGAUAUUGGACGCUUCCUUGAUGCUCUUGAAAGGGAAGCUGGGAACAACGUAGUAAGAGAUGUCGACACAAAUGAAGAAAUAUUUGCUAGUGAGAAGGCUAUGGUCAAGGCUUUCAAAGCCGCCCUCGACCUAGGACAUGAUGAGACUAUGGCUGGAUCAGAUGAGGAUACUACCAGAGGCAGAUCCAUAAGGAGGUUCUGGGGGCAAAGGGAGUUUGGGGGAGAAGGUGACUCUGAAGACGAAACCGGAGGCCUUAAUCCAGAACUCGAGGCCGAUGAAGAAGAUGAAGAGGGUGAGGGGGUGGAGGGGGUGGGAGAGGAGGGAGAGGAGGGAGAGGAGGGAGAGGAGGGAGAGGAGGGAGAGGAGGGAGAUGAAGAGGAAGAUAGUGAGGAAGACGACGAGUACGGUCCAGGUUCAGGGAGACGUGUCGAAAUCCAGGCACCGGUAUGGGAACAUACAAAAUUUUACAGUGGACAUUGCAACGUUAAGACUGUCAAGGAUGUUAACUUUUAUGGAAUGGACGACGAAUACGUUGUGAGUGGAAGUGACUGUGGCAAUCUCUUUAUAUGGGACAGGAAAACAACACAGAUAGUAAAUAUCCUUCGUGGAGACGAUGAAAUCGUUAACGUGAUAACUGGUCACCCUUAUGAGCCAAAGCUUGCCGUUUCAGGCAUUGAUUAUACAGUUAAGAUAUUUUCUCCAGACGAAAGCGCACAGCGGGAAUUCCAAGGAUUAUCUUUGAACGACGACGAAGAAGAGCCUGAAGCCGGAAGGCGAUUAAAUGAAAGUAGGAAGCGGAUUCAAAACGAAUACUCGAUUAGGGGCCAAAAUCAGGUCAUGACAGAGAGUGGGCUUCAGGAGGCAGUACAUGCGAGAGGGAUGCUGGCAUUACUCGCGGAUCGACUGAGAGAAAGACGAGCUGCUGGGGAGAACAUCGAGGAAAUACACUUCAACGCCGAGCAGGAAUGUGCCGUUAUGGUGGCGCUUGAAAUUGAUCAAAGUGCAGUAUUUUGCGACCAGCUGCAGUGUGUGGGAGGAAAAAACAAUAUAUAUGUUGCUGUGUAUCCCCCUCCACCAAGCUCAAUUGAUAGUUGCUGCUGCUCUUUCAGUCCCAGGAUAAUUCCGUGCCAUAACUUGAGAUUUGUCUUGAUAAAAGCAAAGUUCAGUGGCGCCACUGCACUUACUACAUCGCACGCUACAGACAUCACCAUAAGGGAGAGGAGUGAUAAGUUGAGACCAAAACUCGAUUUAAUUAACAUCGCAAUGUAUCCAUAA